UGGCAUCUUGCGUAUUGCGAACGCGCGCGGUUAAUUUUUCAAGGGCCAUCGUCAAUUAAGUGUCCGGCGACGUAACGCGAAGCAUAAUUACGUCUAUGUUUCCUACCGGCCGCGCAAUUACGUCCUGUGUCAACCACCGUUCGUCGUAACUCCAUGUUUAUUCUGGACUCGCGCUCUCUUCGCUAUCGGGGGUGAUUAUCUGCCGUCAAACUGCACCCCGAGUGUCCCAGUGCGCGCGAAGCCACCCGCCGCGCCGACGACUCGCAUGCGUAUGUACGUAGGUGCAAUUCCACUCGAAGCAACCUUGUCGAGGGGCUCAUUCUCACGUCAGACCUCACUCGCGUCACAUUCGCAAGUCCAGUCCCAGUUGAGUGCAACGACAAAAGCUGGAAAAAAACUUAACAGUCUCGCGACCCUGACGCCGAAGGAAUUUAUUCUGAUAACAGUUCGAAGUUCGUCACUUCAUGAUGAUUAAUGAAUGGAAAUGAUGACACUUGUUAUCGAUCGAACAUAUUACACGUAUAAAUGGCUGAUAAUAAUCGAGAUUAAAUCUGACACAAAUAUUAAAUAAUUUAUGUGCUUGCAAAUCAAUGUGAGAAAAACGCGUAUCGCACGUGCAACGUAUAGCAUUUUGUAGUAGCUAUAAAGAUACUCGCGUUUUGUUCGAAACAAUAUUUUUUCGUUCACGGAUUGACGUCGCUCAUAGGAACUGUACAUGUUAAUUCAUUAAUGCAUCUUAAUGUACAUAUAAUGACCCAACAUAAUGAGAACGGAGUCGAUAUUUGGUAUUUUGUCACUUAUCGUAAUCUCGGCAUCAGCAGGGAGGGAAAACAUGAUGCUCCUCGAGAGUGGGACCUGGAUUACAGAAGAAAAUUUUACGACGAUGAUCGCAAAAUCGUUUUUAUACGCCAGGUGCCUCAAUAUCUAUUUGAGUGAACCGAUUUAUGAUGCAGAAACGUUAUUCCAUCGAUUUAUAAGUAGUUAUCCGAACGAGUAUCUGUUAGGCGUAAGAAUUUACGAUUGCCAAGGAUAUUUCUUACUGGGACCGACGGAUAAAGAAAUAGCGAAAGCUAUGGAAGGAGUACCAUCGUCCAUCUCAACGACAGAAAUUCUUAUUAUUAUCAAUGGUGAAUUGAAAAAUAACUCCGAACUCUUUGAUGUCUCCUUAUAUGGGAAUUCUAAUGCAAAUAUUGUAUCAAAAUCUGGAAUCUGGACCCUAUCGGAAAAUUAUUUAAAGCCUAGAUUUUUUGUAAAAGUAGACAGCUACGAGGAUUUGAUGUAUGACUUCGACAUGAUUAAUCUCCGAGGUAGAGAACUGCAAGUAUCUACUGUUUAUCGACCACCCGUUUGCUAUCUGAACAAAACGGUAAAGAGAAUAAUCGACGGUGAAGAAGAAGACAUUUAUUUAGCAGAUAAUGAUGCAGAAAAGGACGGAAUGGAAAUCAAAAUAUUUUUGCUCCUGGCGGAGAAACUAAAUUUUACUUGGACAAUGCGAAAACCGAAAGGAACCUAUAGAUAUGGUCGACGCGUAAACGCAACACUGUGGAACGGUGGCAUGAUCCAACUUUUACGCGAGAAGAAGAUUGAUUUAGCGUUUGGGAACAUUUGGCUGACGCAAAAUCAUAACGAAUUCGUGAACAUGUCGGAACCGUGGUAUCAAUUGUCUUUACAUUUUCUGGUACCCCGGCCACAACCGAUCACGAAUUUCUGGGCGCUCACGCGACCUUUCUCGGUAGGAGUUUGGUUACUUCUAUUAAUCAUGUUGUUUGCUAAUAGCACCUUUUUAUGCAUACGUGCCAGGCUCGAUCCGAAAUUUCCGAAACGCUUUCGGAGCUUCUUCAUCACAAUUACUGAAUUAAUUGGCCGUUUAUUGGGGACUUGGGUGCCAAGAAAUAUUAUCAAUGCCAGAUUCGAGUUGCAUUUGUGGCAAUCUAUAGGAGUCGUGCUGGUGACCGCAUACAGUAGCAGUCUUGCAGUGAGACUCGCGAACUGGGAAUAUGAGGAUAGAAUUGAUACUAUACCUCAAUUUCUCGAAGCUAACUUAACAUGGGGUCGGAAGGGGGCGCAGCCCUAUUCUUACGAUUAUUUCGACAUGGACGAUCCUUACGCGAGUCAGUUGCCGUCGAGAUACGUCCCCGUGAAAGAUGACGAUGAGACUCACAGAUUAAUCGAAAGAGGUAAAUUCGCGAUCCUCGGCAAAACCAUAGACUUGAUCUUCUUUCCCGAGGACGACAUUAAGGACGAGGAUCUCGAAGACUAUAGACUCAUGAAGCAGUCAUUGGGCAGAUUUUACUCAUCCUUUGCUGUUCAGCCUUGGUUGUUACGACCUUUUACUACGAUAAUAUUAUGGCUAAAGGAAUCAGGCAUAACUCACUAUCAUCUCACGGACGUGCUCCGCCGAAGAACCAACUUCAAUCUUUUCGAGGUUCUCGAAGAGUACGAAGGAAGCGAUGGAAAUGCUAAAAGUCUCAAGCUGACGCCGUUAGGAGCAGGUUUCAUGAUGCUCAUCGUGGGUCUCUUAAUAUCUACAGUAGUAUUUUUCUACGAACUGAAACAAGCCGCCGAUUCGCGAUCAAUUCGCGAGGUUUUUCGAGACAUUCAAAAGAGACGGGAAGAGUGGAAGCUGUCGGCGUACAAGAAAAAAUGUCAGAGAGAAGCUGAAUUCGUAGAUCUCAAUUCGAGCAAUAUGAAUAUUGAUUUACUGAUAAUUAGAUCUGCCAGACGUUCAGUGAGUGCUUUAGAUAUUAGGAAUAAUGCUUUUUCCACUAAUUAUGGUUCACAUAGUAAUUGAAUGUAUAAAAUAUUCAACAUAUUUAUUUAUGUUACGAGAUAUUGAAUCACAUUUUGCGGAUUAAUUAUAUACAGAAUUAAAAAUUUCCUAAACGUGAAGAUAUCGUGAGAAUCACUUUUUUUAUUUCUAUAAUGUUAUAGAGAAUUGAAACCAGCGAAUUAUAUUGUUAUGAAUCGGCGACGCGCGCCUUUAUAAUCGAAGCGCGCGGAGUAAAUCGCGCGCUCUUGUUUAUCGCGCCGCGGUUGUGUCAGCUGUCCUCGGGUCAGCUGAUUGCGCUCGAACAAUAAAGACAAACGUCAAUGUUAAAUCGAUGAAAAAGAUAGACGUUGUAGUAACCUGAUCGUCUUUAAAAAAACAGAAGUAAUUUCGCCGCGGUCGCCGUCGAAAGCGUACGAAUCCGUUCUUCGUAACCCGAAACGGUAUGAUCCAAAUCGCGAAUUCGACGUUAAUUUACCGUCAUAAACUCCGCCGUGAAAGGUGUAUUAAAAGUGUAUCGUUGUUGUUAAAUAUAUGUUAAUUGAAAAGUGAAUCUGAAUCAUUCUUUCGGUGUGUUGGUCGCGUGUGCUAUUCCGGCGAUAAACCAUCCGACAAUAUUAAAAUCAUAUGAAACUUGCUCAGGUUUGAAAACAAAUCAGAUAGUAAACAAUUACUUAAGCGGUAAUUUUUAUUAGUUGCGUUACGAAAACCUCAAUAUCCAUUUAGAUAUAUUAUACGCAUGUAUCUAUAUACACGUAUCAACGUUGAUAACUCAUUUUCAUUACUAAAACAUUGUUAUAUUCUUCACAUUGUCUUAGAAUCUUUAAUUCUAAUUAAAUCUAUCUAUCUAUCUAUCAUAUUUCUAAUGAUAUUUGAACAACAAAUAAUAAUGUAAUAUGCAUUCAUUUAUACAGAUAUUUUAUUUUGGAUUUCUUGUAAAUGUUGUAAAUGUGAUAAAUAUAAAAUGUAAUAUAAUGAGAUAUGUAGAUAGAAAUUAUAUGAUCGCAAGACAUAUAA